AUGAUAGAAAUUUUCUUGAUUUUUUCUUUAAAUAAAAAUUUUUCUUUUCUUUUAUUAAGUUUAUUUUUGAUUGAAUCUGUUUAUGAUAUUUUGGGUGUUCGAGUUAAAACAGCCGAUAAACGAUGGAAUAAUCUUCGACAUAAUUAUGAAUUAACAUUCGCACCAGGUUCUAUUGUUCGAUUAGUUGAUGAUACAACAGUAGAUGCAAAUAUACCCGAUAUUCAUUAUGAAUUUAUUUCACUUCGUGAUGUUUCAAAACAAUCUAGUGAAGCAUUCAUUGAUGUUAUUGGUAUUGUUGAUAUAUGUUCGGAUAUUAUUCCAUUUACUAAUAGAACAUCAAAUAAAGAUUCAGUUCGUCGAGAAGUAACAAUAAUUGAUGAAGAUUCAAAUAUUUCGAUAACGUUAUGGGAUGAACAAGCAAAUGAUUUCAAUGAAGAAUUAGCAGAAAAUAAAGCUGUUGUUGCAUUUCGUCGUAUUCGAGUAGCUAUUUUUAAUAAUAAAUACAGUUUAUCUGGUCAUAAAAAUAUGAUAAUGAAAAUUAAUCCAGAUAUUGCACAAGCAAAACAUCUUCGAAUAUGGUAUGAUGCUGGUGGCCGUUUAACUAAUAAUCGGAUAACGACAUCAACAACAAAUCGUUUAACAAAAGGAGAUCUAUGGAAAACAAUUGGACAAAUUGAAAAUGAACUUCUUGGUCGACAAGGUCGUCCUGAUUAUGUAAUGAUAAAAGCUAUAUGUAUGCAUAUAGCUAAUGAUCGAGUUGUUUAUACGAGUUGUCCAAAUAAUGAUUGUUUUCGAAAAGUAAAUAAGUUAUCAUCUGGUCUUUAUCAUUGCGAUAAAUGUCGAGAAGAUUUUAAUGAAUGUCAUUGGAAUUAUAUGAUUCGUGCUGAACUUGUUGAUUCAACAGGUGCAAUAUGGGUUUCAUUCUUUCGAAAAGAAGCACAAGAACUUAUGGGUAAUGUAACAGCAGAACAAUUCGCUCGAGCGAAGGAAAAUAACGAUGAAAUACUUAUGCAAACGUAUUUAAAUAAAAAUACUUUUCGUGAAAAAUACUUUCGUCUACGUAUUAAUGAAGAAACAUUUAAUGUAAAUAUAAAAUUUAUUCUAUACAAAGGAUCAUUGAAAAUGAAUGAUAGAUUUUUUGUAUUUUUCUUUUUAUCACGUACACUUGCUGUCUCAUUGCCAUCGACAAAUAUACUUUACAAGAUCACAUCUAUUCUCGAAGAACAAACAUCUCGAUCAAUCAUUUUGUUUGUCUUCGAAUCAUUACAAUCAUUAUACAUUAUCGAACGUUGGGCAUGGCAAGUAUUAAAUAAAGAUUUUCAAGAAUGGAUCAAUGAAAAGAGUUACAUUGACCUAUUUCAUGCAAUUCAUUUAUUUAAUAUCAAACUGCUUUCAAAUCAUGAUGAAAUCGAAUUCGAUAUAAAAACAUCACUUUUAAUUCCAUCGAGCAUCGAUUGGAUCGAUGGUAUACUCGAUCAAAUCAAAUCAAGCAAUGAUACGUUUUUGACUAUUGUCAGUCUGUGGUUCGAUGUCAUCUCCUAUUUAGUUCAUGAGUACUCUGAACUUAGGGAUACAUCCACUAUUAUAUAUAUCAAUAAUCGGCUUGGUCGUGAUUUUUUGAUGACAAAUGAAUACCAAAUCUAUUUGAAACAACUUCAAGAACCACAUUCGUCGCAAGCAAUAUUUACUCCUAAGCAACUUUUCUAUUUGAAAACGUGUUCAUUUUCGCUACAUGUCUAUUUGUGUUCAAAAUCACAACAAUUUCCUUUCACCGGUGAACAAAUUAUUAAAUUUAUCGCCGAUAACUAUUCACAAAUGAUUCUUGUGCAAAGUCAUAUUGUGGACUCAUGGAGCAAAGAAUUACUUUCUUGUAUCGCACAUCUUAUUGCUCUCAUUUGUUCUUGUUGUUGGUGGGGUGAUGAAAAAGCGAAAUAUAUAAAAAUACUUGUUUCACCUAACGACCUAACGUAUGAUCAUAUUUUGGCACUUAUUCGCAUUGUUAGUUAUCAACCAUUUCAUCAAUGUAUCUCCGCUCAAUGGUACAAUGAUGAAACUCUUCUUAUUGAUGCAAUUUUAGUCUUUCUGUAUGGGACAUUGGAAAUACGAGAUAUACGUUGUUUCAUAAGUUCACAAACAAAUUUAUUUGCUACAUUAUUGGUUAUAGCACAAACCUCAUCAUACGAUCGAAUAUGUAUUUGUGCUUAUGGAUUCUUAGCCGAAAUUCUUACUGAUGAACAAUUGAAAGAGCUUAAAAUUUCUGAGAAUAUCAGUGGAUUUUUCUUUGAUAUUCUUGAACAAGCAUGGAAAGAUCCGACAAAAAGAUGUAAAACGAUUCCAAUUCCGCAUGUAUUGAAAGGUAUGUUUAUCUCAGAUAAUUAA